GGUAACAUCCAAUAUGGCUGCUGCAGACGAUAAUUUGAGUGAAUUUGAGAAAGAUGCGCUUAUUUCUAAUAUGAUGAAGGAGAAAGCUAAAAUUACCUGUGAUUCGGCCGUGAAAGGUUGGUAGCUUUGUCUAUAAGAAACAUAGUAAAAUAGGUUCGGUCAUUUUCCACGCCUGAUCGCAAGUUACAUAAAGAAAGACAGGCUUGCCUACCCCCAAAAGGCAACAAAAUAAUGGGCUCAUCCUCGGUGUAAAAACCUGUGAAACUCACGAGUGACGUAAAACAAUGAAUACAAAGAGGCCAAUGAGAAGUCAACACUAUAGAGCCAAGGAAAAUAAUGGCUAGAAAACCAAGAAAACUUCCGGUUUUUACACCGAGGUAAACCCCCCAAAAUGUGAGAUUAUUCUGAACCUGGAGCUGGGGAAAGUAGUGAGAAAAAGGUAAAACGUUGUGAGAUGUUGAAGGACUUCCAGUUGGGAUUAUGGGUAUUGGAAGUCACAUAUCACUUUAAUGCAAGUUCUGCAAACAUCAGGUCAAGAUCAAUUUACGAUUGUGUAGGUCCAGAAAAUAUCCAGACCCCCACCACGGAGGGAAUUUCACUUAGGACCACCCCACCUCCCUGGAUUUUCCAUUUUUGCAGGGAACUGAUGGCCCCUCACCCCUCUGGAAUUUCCACAAGUGUGACAAAGAUCUCCCAACCCCUCUGGAAAAGUUCAUUUUCACAAAGAAAGACUAUUACCAUCGAAGGAUGAAGCCAUUUAUGGCUAGUAUGCAACCGUUUCCAUCAGAAGCUUGUAUGCUUCUGUUUCCGUUUAUUUGAGCGAAUUCGCAACAUUAAAACACACUACACACCACAAAGUAACCUAAUCUGCAAUUUUUGCUCAUCCUUUACUUUAAAUGAAACAGAUAAAGUUAAUAAGUCGGUUAUAUUUGCGAAUUUACCUUAAUCAGGGCAAGCUUACGAUUUGUUAUUCAUCUUCAUGGGCGUAAUGUUGAUAGAAUUAACACCAUUUCGUGCGGGAAUGCAGAACAAGUCAAACUUUCAACCACAAAAUUAAGGCAAAACAAAGAGAAGAAUAAAAACUCUGAAUUCUGAAAUGAUAAGAAUGAAUACCCCCGUGUAUCUUGAAGGGAAACCAAGUUCAAUUUACUGUUUUUUGAUUGACUCAUGCAUUGUGAUGCGUGAUGGCUGUAAUGUUUGGUGAAAUUGACACCAUUUCAGCAAGAUUUCGAUCACGAACAUGCCACACCUUCAACCACAAAAUUAAGGGAAAAUGAAAAGGAGAAUAAAAACUGUUCAUUCUAAAAUGGUUACAAUGUAUAGCUUGUGCUUUGUGAAACAAAAUUUCCACUCUACUGUUCUUCAAUCGAUCGACUUACACAACGUGAUGUGUUGCACGUGUUGAUGUCUUGAGGGAGACUGGUAACGAGUAAUGGCGGCCGAAUAUACAAGGAUGUGAUAAAACAAGUUGUAGUUGGUCUAAUUCCUUUGAAAUUGCAUCCAGCUGCUUUUGGAAGAAAGGAAACUUGGUUAAGAUCAAAAGGAACAAUCUUAAAUGAUAUAUUUCAAGUUAUUCAUGUCCUAAAAAUGAUCUGCCAGGUCGGUAAGAAGUAAUGUUCGAACUCAGGUCGAAAACGAAAUGAUAUUGACCCCCUGGAAAGUGAUUUGAUUGUCCAACCCCCCUCCCCUCUGGAAUUUCCUGUGUCUUUGACCCCCCCACCCCUCUGGAAUUUCCAUUUCCCUCCGUGGUGGGAGGUUUUGUAAUAUUAUUUCUAUGUUUUGUUGGCGGCCAUCUUGAAACAAGAGAUUUAGGUCUGCACAUUUGGUGGCAGUGGCAAGUUGUGGUAGGCUAAGAGAAUCUAAUCAAACGUGACCACUAAGCAUUUUCUUUGGAUUGAGCUGGCUAUCUAUUGAUAUCUGACUAGGAAACAAACCCUUCAAUUCCAAAAUUUUUUUAGAGUUUGACCUUUAGAGAAAGUGUGGGAAAUCAUUUGCCAACUCAUGAGAGCGUGAGAUAGCUCGUGACUUGGUAAGUCUGGAAAGACAUGAAGCCCGCGAAAUAAAAGACCGUUCCAUAUAAUAUCCUCACCCACCCCUGCCCCUAACCCCCCUGUAGGUACAAUUGAAUUCUAUCUUAAGAAAAGAAGAGGAAUUUUACCCAUCAAAGUGCCGACACAUUUGUUUAUUUAGAGACAGGGAAAUAUUUUUGGUCAAGGAUACUGACGUAGUUACCCUUUUAGAAAACCCACAUAAUUCUUCUGGAGUACGAGUCAAGACCCAUAUGUUAUGGGAGCCUUCAGGGGUUAAUGCAAUUUUAUUUAACAGUCAGGGAUAAGAAGAAAAGUUAAUUCCUCAGCAGGGGAGUGACGUAUGGAUAUUAAAUGUAGUAGCCCUAUGACUCUUGAAUCGAUCUUGAAAACCUCCUUCCUUCUUUCUAGGAGUUCCCUGUACCAGAGAAAUCUGACAUUUAAGGUAUUUGCACAGGCAAAUUUUCAACAUUUUAUUUUGCCCUCAAAAUCUUUCUACAGUAAGUUCAGAUGAUGUAAUAUGCAUAUCUGGUCUUCUUUUUUGAAUAUACCUUCGCAUUAAAGAGAAAAUCUACUCAAAAGUUGACUGAUUUACCGGAAGUUAAAGAAAAAUUGUCAUUUCCGUUACUAAGAAAAUGGACGGCAGGAACGCAAUUUGACUCCUCUUUCCAGCAUCAAGUUCUAUUGAUGCGCUGAACAAAAUCUAUUCACUGCUUGGAUUCAUUGACAAACUACAGCCGCUGUAUGUCCAACUUGAUUUUUCUUCCUUCUGUUAAAGCUGUGAUGACUAAUAUUACUUGCUUCUUGUCAAAAUUCGUUAUGUUCUUGAAAUAUACUCCGUUUUCCAGGGCUUAAUAUUGUUUUAAAUUUACAUUACAUCGGUGUGUCUUCUCACCUGAUAUAUUCUGACAAUUUUGCCGGGAGAGUAAAACGUUUUCUUGGCCCCUAAUCCUCUGGUCUGUUUUUCUGCCAAUUUCUUUCAGUUUACAAAAGCAAUUCUUUUCAAUUUUGAAUAAAACUCUUCUUCAAUCUUCAUACUUCGGCGUGCUUCACUGCAUUAAAGCUGACAAUGAGUAACGCAUCUUCCGGAAAUACGUCACACCUAGCAACUGGUCACGUAUCAAAAUCCAAGGGGGCUAUAGAGAGGUCAUUUGGCAUUUUCUUAGGCUUCCACGAGCAUUUUACACAGCGGUGAUUCAAAAUGGCGGGCAAGAAGGUCUGUGAUGGUAGUAUCGAGGAAAAACAGUUGAUUUUGAGAAGAAAAUAAGCUUUUUCACACUGGAAAAGCGUUAAUUACCGCGUGACCGAUUUACCUUGACUUACGGGAACCAGUUUUUUGGAGGAAUGGAUCAUUAUUUCUUUGUGAAAUUUGGCAAAUACUCAAAGAGCAUGUUAAUGAACAGAUCUGUGUUUGACUAAAGGUUAGAAUUGUCGUACAGCUGAGUUAUUGAUGUCAAAAUAUGGGUCAAAUUACAAAAUAGCAAAUUGUGCCCUAGAGGCUGGAUUAAUUGGAGCUGUGUCGUAGUCAAACACAGAAUUAUUCUAUCUUACGUCCUUAUUUGUGUUACAUUUCUUUUUUAACAAUAACUCUAAGGAUUCUUCUGAAAUUUUGAUUUUUCUCUUUCCGUGUCACCCUAGGGGGUAAUUAAAUUAACACCUUUUGGGUGACAUAACAUAGUUUAUUUUGAUAUAUUCUAGUUCCUCAAGAACUGAGGAAUACUGUCAAUGUGGUGACAUAUAGAUAUUAUCCAUAAAACAACCAUUAAAAAUGAUGCAAAAAUGUGCAAAAUUUGCCUGUGCAGAUACCUUAAAGUGUACAUAAAAUGCACUUCUCACUUUCAUGAUGUUUUUGCUUAUUUUCAUUUUUUUUCUAGCCUUUACAAAAUGUGCACAUCAGCGAACAUUUUCGUUAGCAUGGGCUUGUCGCAAAGAACACAAGGCCAUGAAGGACUGCAUGGAAAAAUUGUAAGAAGUAUACGUAAUAACUAGUCAGCAACAGAAUACAAAAUAAGUGGGUCACUCUUAGACACUUUCUCUGGUCCCCAGCGGGGCCUUCCCUUACUUGGCUUACUUGUGUACAUUUGUGCUGCUAAACAGGGUGCCUUUUUGGACUGAACACCUUUAAAAGACUACAUUUUGUAGUAGUUGGUUGUGUGUGCUUCAGUGUACAAUUGUGGUCUUGUUUACAAAUUUUGUGGCACACUAAUCAGUAAAAGGCUGAUCCCAUCUUCAUACGCUUGCCGAGAACUGCUUGCGGUUCCCAGGCAACAGCUGCCACAUGUGUAUGGUGGAGCUUGUGCUUAAAGGAGUGCUUUGCACUCACCUCAGCAGUAAAGGCAGGGUCUGUGAUCGUAAGUGAAACCGUGCUGGCUAUGCCAUGCUGAUGAGUCCUAACAAGGAUGAAACAGCUGUCCAUGGAUGCCACUGCCGAGGUGAUAUGGUUGUGCGCAUGCGUAAGGUACUGGCCAUACUGCAGAGUUGGUAGUGUGUGCUUCAGUAUUACAGUUGUGUAGUCCUAGCAAUCCUCUUUUCUGAAAAUCUAAUUCCACAAUGUUAGUUAAAAAAAUAAUAAAAAGUCUGUCUGUGAAAUGAAAUGAAUCAGGGUCAUGAAAUAGAGUCUCUUGUCUUAACCCUUUAAACCCUAAGAUCAAAAUUUGAAUUCUCAUUUGUCGCCCUAUUCAUUUCCUAAAGAAGUAGUAGGGAGAAGUUAAUAAAAUAUCAAGCAAAUUCAUCUUGUGUGUCUGUAAUUCUCAUGACCACUCUGUUUUACAAAGCAUUGAUAUUACAAAGAGAAAUUUGAUGCUGAUCUCUCUCUUAGGGCUUAAUGGGUUAAACAAGGUAGUGAAAUCAAUAAUUUUGUCUAAAAGGGUCAGGGUUUAAAGGCAGUAUUAGCCUGCAUGGCAGGCAUUAAAAGGGGAAAUUUGGGCACACGAGAGUGCGCCUGGAGACCCUGGAGAGGGAGAAAGGAAAGGAUUGCCUUUCCUUUCUCUCUUUCCAGGCUCUCCCUCUCCCUUUCUCCAGGCUAUGGCAGCACCCUCUACCCAAACUUCCUCCUAGUCUUGGUCCAUGCGAAGACCCCGUCAUUGGACUGGAUCCAUCUUCAUCAAGUGAUGAGAAUGGGUCUUUGCUUUUUUUUAUUGCCAUUAGGGUUUUUAAAGAGCUUUCCCCUGAUAAUGCACAGGUCUUCUUUAGCUUUACUCUUGUCAAAUAAUAAUAAUUACUAGACUUUAGCAAAGAACUAGGUCAUUGAUAACUAGCAUUUACAACUAUCAACAACGUUGUUCUUUGUUGGGGUCUUAUCCAAAGAAACAGUGAUCGCAUUGGGACAUGUUUGGUCUCAGUACAGCUCUUUUUCUAGCCUGCGAAAACAUCCGUUUCUCCUCGCUCUUCGCCGCUGAGGACGUUUCGCGAAACGUCCCCAGCGGCGAAGAGUGAGGAGAAAUGGAUGUUUUCGCAGGCUACUCUUUUUCCUCAAGCUACAAUAGUGUCCCAUUUGAAUCCCCCUUGCAAUGUGGAUCAGUUCAGUGGUGGAUCCAGGGAAGGGGCCCGGGGGGGCCAGGUCCCCACACCUUAUUUUUUUUCCGAAACGGGGCCGGAAGGGCCGAAAAAAUUUAUUUUGGAGACCAGCGCCCCCCCCCUUAUCUCAGGGUCUGGAUGACCACCCCCCGUAUCUGAUGGUCUGGAUCUGCCACUGCAGUUUGCAGUGUUUAGGAGCAGAUUCCCGCGUUUUGUGCAUAUAAAUGGAAAGUUUACACUAAACAUCUCCAUUUCUCCCUUAUUUUCAGUUACAGAAAAGCAGACUUUCAGUUAUGGAAGGAGGAAUAUUUAAGAAAUGACAAACAUGAUCAAUCAACGGACCAUGACGUGUGGAACAAGUAGACAGUCACCUUUUACUGGCACGUUAAAGGGCUGUAAUGCAGUUAGUUACCUGGUGUUGUCAAGAUUGACAUCACAGUUAUCACACAGAUGUUAACUGCUAAGAGAUUUUGAUAUGGCAGUUAAUUCAAAACGUUUUGCCCUCACUUCAGAAGCCCUUUUUUUUCAUGUAUAAGGAAGGGAUGGGUGGGGAGGCAGCGUGUUCUCAUGGGCCAUGCAAUGUAUUUUGUUGAAGGGUACCCAACUAUGCAAAUCGGGAAGGGAGUUGAAACUUGGAAUACAUAAAUAACUGAAGAGAGAAUAGCCGGAGUAUAUAUUUAAAGCGGACAAAAUGUCUUAAAUCAUGCCACGUUGAAGCUUAUUUGCGUGGUAUUCCGGUUUGCAAAGUAUAAACCUUUAAUGUGUCACUGUGGUUUUACCUUUGGCUUGUAAGAGUUUUUUCCCCUUUUGCAGAUUGACGAAGGUAAUACAGCAAAGUCAAAUGCAUUAGUGCUGCUAAUUUUUAGUAUUAAAUGAAGCAAGACAGAUUUUACAGGCUAAGAGAGUACACUGUAUAAUAGUUUCCCUUCACUCGUCUGUCACAGCCUGACUUCUUCAGUAGAGAAUAACCCGCUAAAAACAAUCGUUACAAUUUAGUCCAGUCAAAUUGUGGUUUAGCAUCAAACUAAUUGCAACAGAUUUUUUUCAUGCCAUUUAAUUGUUGGAUGGCUAUUUAACAACAUACUUAAAAUCCGCCAAGAUCGGCUCGGUGAAACAUGAGAAAAAUUGGCAAUAAAGAUUUUCAACUUUCCCCACAGGAAACCCAAUUUCAGGAAGAUCACAAAUUCAGACAAAGUAUCUGAUAAUUGUGUUUUUUUCUCAAGAAUUUUUGAUGCAACAUCGCUAAUGUAUUUUGGGUAGUUUUGUUUUAAAAACGGCGGACUUAAUGUGUUUGAAACACCUGGGUCAGCGUUUCGUCUUGAGGGCUUUGCACAGGUUACCCAGCCACUCCUCUGUCUCCAAGCUUUAAUUUUUUUUCUAUGACGUUAUUUAAAAGGGAAAUUAUUAGUCAGUCUGUGUUAACAUGGUUAAAAAUAUAAGUAAUUUUUUUUGCGCAAUAACAGAAGUGCAGUAAGUAUUUUGGCAGUUUUACAGGCUGGUAGUUUUUUAUAUCCUGCUGCAGCAUGGAUUCAAAUUUGUAGCUGACUGAUGAUUAACAGUUUGAUCUGAUAUGUUUUCAUCUUCAGUCACUGCAGCUGCUAAAUUUGCAUCCAUGCUGCAAGAUACGUGCGACCAAAUGUGUGAAACGGACGAUAGCUUUGUAUCAGUACAAACUGUUUAACCUAUUCCCAUUUUCUGUAAUCGAGUUUUGCGAGG